AUGUCUACGUUCCCGAACUUCCAGACCUCCGCCGCCGAAGACUUCGACAUGAUCGACAGUUUUUACCAGGAAUAUGACAAUCUGGACUAUCUCUUUGAGGAGGAGCCUGGUGCUACUCCAGAGGAUGACGUGCAAAUGGAUUACGCUGCUGAUGCUGAGGGGGGUGAGGGUGCAGAAGAGGAAGAAGAAGACAGCAGCGAUGAAGAUUGCGAGUGUGAGAUUGAUGAAGAUAGUACAGCAGCUUCAUCGGGGAAUACUACUACUAUUAAUAACAAUGCUAAUACUACGACUAAUGAUAAUGAUAAUAAUAAUGACGAGAACGAAGACACGGUUAUGGAAGAUCACCAUCCUAUGCAGCAACAACAACAAGAAGAAGAGGAAGAAGGACCAACAAGGAAAGAACUGGAAGAAUGGCAAAUCGAAAAACUAGAAACGCUCCAAAAAACCAUGGCAUCAACACGGGCCAGAAUUGCCAAACUCCACGACAAAAUCGCCGGCGACCAAGCCGCCAUCUCCAACAAGCAAGCAGAGUACGACCGAGAAUGGGAAGCGCGGAACAUGGGACAGCAUGAGCUGCAGCAGAUCCUGGCUGCAAAGACGAAGAUCGAAGAGCAGCUCGCGAAAAAACAAGCCAAUUUACAGAAAGCGGUUGAGAAGAUUGGCAUGCUGGAAAAGGAGGAGCGGGAUGUGAUGUCUCAUCCACGGGAGGCGUUUAUGAAGGGGAUUAAGAAAGUGGGUAGAAGACGCAAGACGAGGAGUACUGCGCAGUCUCAGACGGAUCUUUCGUAUAGACUGGAUGAAGGCGAGGACUCACUCUCGGAGCAGGAUGGCCCCGCUUAUAGGACUAGUUCAAGGAGGCAGAGGAAGAAUGCUGCUUCUGCCUGCAGGCGUUGCAAAGCUAACAAGGUCAAAUGCGACAUGAAACGAGGACAGUGCACUCAUUGCAGACUGCUGAACAAGAGAUGCCGCUACAACGACCCUUGGGACUCUGCCCGCCAGCUCCGUCCUUACCAGCUCCAGGAGACAGAAGCGAAACUUGAACAAUCACAGAACGAUGUUGAUUACUACAAGCAGCUGUCCUUGACGUCUGUACUAGCUGACAAUCCUCUGUCGGGAAUCACUGGCUACGGACCUCGUCCGGCCACAGGGGCGAGGCAGAAUUAUGCCCGGCUGAACCGGGGGAUGGAUCCUAUUACUCGGCCCCUGCCUGUAUGUAUUACUGCUAGUGGUGGUCAAGAUGGAGCUUGUACAGUUUUGUCAGAUCCUGUAUUUCCACAGAAACCAAGGCAAGUCGUGCCUGUGAAUCCGUCGCUGCAAGCACCGCCAGCACCAGCGUCACAGAGGGAAACAAGGACACAUUGGAUUUACCAAACAGUACCGCCAACAAUCCCCGCCAAACGCGGCAGAAAACCAGGCCAAAAGUCAUCAAAACGACCACGACUAUCCGAAGAUAGUACGCAACCUGGCCUUCACCUCUCACAACAAAGAGAGGAAGAAGAAGAAGAAGAAGAAGCAGAAGCUCGCUCAAUCACAAACAUGCAAACCUGGUGGCGACGCCAAAUAUUAUCAUCUGGAAGACACCUGCCCGUUAACAAUGACUACACGACCCAGUGGCCUGCAUGGAUCUUCCUAUCGAACGAGAAACAGCGUCUGUGGUUCGACUACAUGGUAGCCGCUCAAAGGGAGAUUCCGUCGGUGGCCGUGGCGGAAGGACGUGCAAAUCCGUUCCCUGGUACAAGACGAGACGUGCUUCAACCGUGUUGGCCUGGUUGGACAAGGGUGAUGGAGGCUCCGUUGGGUGAACAGAGGGCUGGUUAUUUGGUAUAUAAGAAGUAUGCUACAGUCAACGCCGAUGCUAUGCAUACAUAA